CGUCGAACGAUUCACAUUCGCGCACCCUCCACCGGUCGACGAUUGCCCAUCAUCAUCUACACGCCUACAGGCGUCUCCAAGCCUCGCGGCACCAUACUCAAUUGGCACGGCUCCGGUUUCGUCUUGCCCAAUCACGGCUUGGAUUCGCUCUACUGUUCCCACAUGGCCGCACGACUAGAGUGCACCGUGCUAGACGUCGACUAUGUCAAAGCUCCCAAAUGGCCCUUUCCCUGGGCAGUGCGCGAAGUGAGCGACGUGCUGCGUUGGUUUUUCGAGCGCGCAAAGGUGGAACAGGGACUGGAUACGGAUUACGUAGCCUUGAGCGGAUUCUCCGCCGGCGGUAAUCUCGCCUUGCCAGACGCAGAGGCGCAGGAGGAUAGGAUUCAAGCCAUCGCUUGUUUCUAUCCCGUCACCGAUUUCACCAAGCCCGACGGUUCCAAAUCCGCCCCAGGUGGCAAACCUCCCGGUCUGCUCGUACGUCUAUUCAAGUUUUUCAGCCAAUCUUAUAUUCCCAUGGGUACCAACCUGCGCGAUCCUCGUCUGAGCGUUCUGUUGGCCCCCUCCGAAAGCUUUCCAAAGAGGGUGUGGAUCGCAGCAGGCGAUCUGGAUACGUUGUACACCGACGGACAAGACCUGAUCAACAAGCUCAACAAGGAGCGCGCCUCUUCCGCCGCCGCUGCUCAAGAUGAGCAAGUGCGCGCUACUUUCAUCACCGCCACGCAGAGGAAACACGGAUGGGAUCAAGAACCUAAUACAAAGAGCAAAAAGGAGGGAGCAAAGUACUACGAACUCGUGGUGGAUGAGAUCAGAGAGGCUUGG